ACGAAACUGGCCAUCUUAUUAGUAGCUUUUGGAUGGGAAUUCGCCAUUUCAUGGUGUUCCGAAGGUGGACACCACCCGCCCAGCUGCUAUGAUAUCCCCUACUGCUGCCAUUGCCAUCGGUGCGUCCUCCUGAGCUCCGAGCCUCCGAUCCGUGCCAACUCCGAAGUGUUUCUGCAUCAAUAUUCUAGCUCGCCAUUUCUUCCUCCUGCGUCGCUCGCAUCCCUUCGCGAGCACCAUGGACGGCCGCGCCGUUCGCAUCCCCGUCCUGCUAGCAGUGCUCCUCGCGUCGGCCGCCGCGCAGCAGUGGGUGGGCCCGUGGCCGAACUGCGACGUCACCAGCGGCAACUACUCCGCCGGCAGCGCCUACGCGAACAGCACCCUGCGGCUCAUCUUCAACCUCCAGUCCGCCGCGUCCGCCGCGCCCGCCCUCUUCGCGUCCGGCUCCACCGGCGCGGGCGCCGCCGCCGCCUACGGGCUCAUGCUCUGCCGCGGGGACCUCAGCGCGUCCGACUGCUUCGACUGCGGCACCCGCGCCGGCCAGGACGUGCAGCGGGUCUGCAACCGCACUCGCGACGCCGCGCUCGUCUACAACCAGUGCUACGUCCGCGUCGCCGGCGCCGACUUCCUCGCCUCCACCAACAACACCGGCAUGGUGCCGCUCAUCAGCGGCAACAACAUCAGCAGCGGCGUCGACGUAGCCGCCUACGACGCCGCGGUCACGCGGCUCCUCAACGCGACGGCGCAGUACGCGGUGAAGCAGUCGCCCAAGCUCUUCGCGACGGGGCAGCUGGUGGGGCUCGACUCGCGCAUCCCCAACAUCUGGUCCAUGGCGCAGUGUGCGGGGGACCUGUCGCCGGCGCUGUGCCGGAAGUGCCUGGAUGACCUAGUGGCCCGCUGGUGGAAGGAGUUCCCGCUGAACGGGAACGGCGCGAGGCUUGCCGGUUCGCGCUGCAACCUGAGGUCCGAGCUGGGGGACGUGUUCUACACCGGCAGCCCGAUGGUUAAGCUCCAGUUGAACGGCGAGGCGGUCGUUCCGGCACCGUCUACGGAUGUUGUGCCGGCCACUGUAGGAGGUAAAAAUAAUUCAGCUGGCAAACUUCUUGGGAUUAUAUUGCCAAUAGUGUUUGUCGCUGUAGUAGCUACCAUAACCGUAUAUAUCUUGAAUGUGCGUAAAAAGAGAAGAACCCGAGGAACAAAGCUUCCCCACAUAACCCAUACAGUUGAGGACUUCGAAAGCAUCAAGUCAACAUUGUUAUCCCUGUCAUCACUGCAAGUAGCAACAAAUAACUUUGAUGAAAGCAACAAACUCGGUGAAGGGGGAUUUGGAUCAGUUUAUAAGGGAGAUCUUUCCGGACAAGAAGUGGCCGUGAAGAGGCUGUCCAAGGGUUCAGGUCAGGGGCUAGAAGAACUAAAAAAUGAGCUAGUUCUUGUGGCCAAGCUUCAUCACAAGAAUCUCGUUCGGCUGGAGGGUUUUUGCUUAGAAGACGGGGAGAGAUUGCUUGUCUAUGAGUACAUGCCCAACAAAAGCCUCGAUACUUUGCUUUUUGACCCUGAGGAAAAAAGACGGCUGGAUUGGAGGAAAAGAUUCAACAUAAUAGAAGGAGUUGCUCGAGGAUUGCAGUAUCUUCAUGAAGACUCUCAGAAGAAAAUCGUCCACCGUGACAUGAAAGCGAGCAAUGUUUUGUUGGAUGCCGAUAUGAACCCUAAAAUUGGUGAUUUCGGCCUAGCCAGGCUCUUCGGGCAAGACCAGACACGAGAUGUCACGAACCGCAUUGUCGGGACAUUUGGCUACAUGUCUCCUGAGUACGUGAUGCGUGGACAGUACUCCACGAAAUCAGACGUGUUCAGUUUCGGCAUCCUUGUUGUAGAGAUCGUAACGGGGCAGAGAAACACCGGACAUUACUUCCAUGAGCAAAAUGAAGACAUUAUAAGCAUCGUAUGGAGGCACUGGUCUGAGGGAACAAUUGCAGAGAUGAUAGAUGAUUCCCUUGGAAGGAACUACUCGGAGACUGAGGUGCUAAGAUGCGUUAACAUUGGUCUGUUGUGCCUUCAGCAGAAUCCCGUGGACAGACCUACAAUGUCGGAUGUCAUGGUGAUGCUAAACGGCGAUGCUACCAGUUCUCUGCCUCCUGCUGCAAGACCAACAUUUUUCUUGGAUCCAAGCUCAGACUACUCUUACACUUCUUCCGGUACUGUUUCCCAUCCUUCCGCUAGGUAGCGCCACGCUAAGGCCUAAGGAACAUCCGUUGUGGGUAGCGACAUCUUGUUGCCUAUUUGUUUUCUUGUUGUAUAGUAGUUCAGAGAAACUGGUGCAAUUAGCUCUAGGUCACCAUGAAGUUUAAUUUUUUCUUCUUUUAUUGAAUUCUCAAAAUGAAAGUUUCUUUUUCACUGGUGGUGCUGCAAGCUCUGGGAAAGUAUGAAAAAUCUUUGUUUCGAGUC